AAUGCGUUAUUUAUAACAAAUCUCAAACAACACAACCUUCCUUUACAUAAAUCUCACCUUCUCUCCUGUCCUAUUAGCACUGUACGGUGGAAACCGUUCGAGAUUCACAGAAUAAAUUCACAUUGACUGUACCCAACUUGGAAGCCACUCAGCCAGGUUCAAUUCGUGUAUACUAAAGCUUCAAGCAGCAUUUAUGGCCUCAUCAUUCCCUUACACUCCUACGACGCUCCGGACGUCCGUGAAACCGCGCCCAUGGGUGCCAUUGAAGCACCAUGAAGGGCGCGUCGAGAUCCCAUCCCUGCCCUCCAAGCCCCGGACCGAUACCUUACUUGGCAUGUACAAAAUCAGCACCCAUAUCAUACCUGCCGCCAAUCCCAGAGUCAGUCCAAAUACUCCAGUUCCUGAGCCACCCCCUCGUUCUUCGAAAAGAACCGGGAGGGAUAUCAAGAAACUGGGACUUGAACUCAUGGAACAACAGGCCCGGCAAGGAGAGGACGGCUAUUCCGGAGUCGUGGACGAAAGGCUACUGUGGAAUUGUGUCAAUCGAUAUGUGAAAAAGGACUGGAACGCCAAAGUCAGGACGAAGGGGGUAACCUUAUUCCUUGUGCACGCAGCAGGCUUUCCGAAGGAAACUUGGGAGACCACCCUAUGCUAUCUACUAGCUGCCUGUGGUGUUAUAGACGAGAUAUGGUCAUGGGAGUCUGUGCAGCAUGGGGACUCUGCUCUGCUAAACAGACAGAAUCUCAGUGGUAGCCUUGAUUGGACUGACAAUGCAAGAGACACUGCAAACUUUCUUAUCAACCACAUGCCAGAAGAAGUAGAAACAUCUGCACUUCCCGUCCAACUUCGUCGACUUCCCGCAUCCAUUAGUGAGGCACGUCAAAAGAGUGGCUUCUCUUCUCGGACCCUGGUCGUAGCCGGGCACUCAGUCGGAGGUUGCGUGGCUGCUUUAGUCGCGUUAAAUUUUCCAGCCUUAUUUUCCUCGCUCAUCCUUGUCGACCCGAUGAUCGAUACAUUCACAGGAUUUCCAUGGGAGCACGCACAGAGCCUUGUUGGCCGCAUCUUGCUCAGGCGCCAACACUGGCCAUCACGGGAGGAUGCUUUGCGUUCCUUCAAAUCUUCACCUUUGUUCUCCUCUUGGCAUCCUGAUGUACUUCGGCUCUAUGUUGAUUAUGGACUGUACGAGGACGGAAGCGGAAAAGUCGCAUUAAAAACACCUCCCAUUCAUGAGGCUAUCGUCUCUGCCAACGUACGAGCUGGUCGCGAAACUUGGGAGUUGAUGGAAACGCUCGACGAAAACAUCGAGCUGUUAUGGAUCCUCCCCGGAAAGCAAAACCGAGAAGUGUCGAUGAUGGAGCAAGUCUUCAAGGAACGCGUUUGGCGCAGACCAGCAAAUUCAUCCAAUAUUAUCAUCAAGUCAUCUGAUCAUCUCAUUCCUCACGAGUCUCCGGAAGCACUUGCACAAAUUGUAGCUGACUUUAUUCAUAGGAAAUAUGGUGUUUGCUCAACGCAGUCGAAGCUCUGAAAUUGAUUGUGGAUGGCACAAGUUGUUU